UGUCAAAUCCGAGGUAACACUGUCUUAAACGUAUCCACAGUUCCAAUUAAAAAACUAAGAACAAUUUAAAUUGGUUAAAGUGUUAGCGAAUGUUAAUUGUAUUUACAAGUCCAACACUAAAAACAUUUGCAACAUGAAAAUCAAGGAACUGCAGAAGACGGUUAACAUUGCUUGGUCACCAGCACAGCAGCAGCAAAUAUUCUUGGCUGCCGGCACGGCUGCCCAGCAGUUUGAUUCAAAUGCAAGCUCCACCUUGGAAAUAUACUCGCCAAACUUCAGUGAUGCAACCUACGACCUGGAGCUUAAGGCCAGCGUGGCCAGUCAGUACAAGUUCCAGAAACUUAUAUGGAGCCCCAUAGGUCCUCACCCAAGCGGCCUCAUCGUGGGCGGAUGUGAGGCGGGCCAAAUCAAUAUAUAUUCGGCUGCCAAGCUACUCGCCAAUGGCAACGAGGAGCCCCUGCUGGCUCGGCAGGAUAAGCACACUGGGGCUGUCAGCGGACUGGACUUCAAUCCAUUCCAAAACAAUCUGCUCGCCUCGUGUGCUUCCGAAUCGGAGAUUUUUAUUUGGGACCUCAACAACCCAGCCACGCACAUGAACCCGGGCGCCAAGACCCAGCCGCUGGAGGACGUCAAAAAUGUGGCCUGGAAUCGACAAGUGCAGCACAUUCUGGCCUCUGUUUUCAGCACCCGCUGCGUUAUCUGGGAUCUGCGCAAGAGCCAGCAGAUUAUUAAGCUCUCUGAUUCGCAAUCCCGUGUGCGUUGGCACGCCAUCGAGUGGCAUCCAGAGGCAGCGACUCAGGUGUGGCUGGCCUCGGAAGAUGACCAGGCGCCGGUUGUGCAGCUGUGGGACCUGAGGUAUGCCACCGCUCCGGCGAAAACAUAUCAAAUCCAUGAGCGCGGAGUACUGGGCAUGUCGUGGUGCCUUCAGGACAACGACCUGAUGGUGUCCUGCGGCAAGGACAAUCGCAUUUACUGCUGGAAUCCCAAUACUAAAAUACCCGAAGGUGAAAUUCUCUCGGAAGUGGCCACCACGUCAUCCUGGUACUCCGAUGUGCAGUUCUGUCCACGCAACCCGGCACUAAUUGCCAGUGCCAGCUUGGAAGGGGCCGUGUCUAUAUACUCCCUCCACGGAGGCACCCACCAUCUGGUGCAGACGGCAAACAAGAUUGCAGACUCCUUCCCGGGAAUGGAUCAGUUUGCCCAAGAGCCGAUUCCUCAGCAGGCCACGCAGGUGGUUUACCAUGACCUGACGCACGCACCCAAGUGGAUGAAGCGCCCCUGUGGCGUUGCUUUUGGGUUCGGUGGGAAGCUGAUCAGCUUUGAUGGUACCUCUAAAAGGGUGAAGGUAUCUCAGUUAACCACCGAAGCAGCUCUCGUGGAACGUGCCAAUGCCCUGGAGCGUUCGCUAGCCGAUGCCAACUAUGCAGAUUAUUGCCGACAGAGAGCAGAUGACACACCGGAUCAGCACGGUCGCUACCUUUGGUACUUCAUCAAGGCCAACUUUGAUUUGAAGCCAAGGGAGGAAAUGCUCAAUCUCUUGGGCUAUAACAAAGAUGAUAUUGAUAUCAAGUUCAGCAAGUUUAUAAAGGAAACUGAGACGAACUCGCAAUCAGAUGUGGAUACACUCACGACCCGCAUUUCCACACUCACCCAUGCAACAUUGGACAACAAAUUUGAUGGAAAUGGAACCGAUUCUCAAAAUCACGACUAUGCCACGCUUUCGAGGCCACAGUUUAAAGUUCCCAGCGGAGAACACUCUGAUAGUUUAAUUGCCGAGGCAAUACUCACCGGCAGCGUAGAGGCUGCCGUGGAGCUGUGUCUUGAAGCCCAGCGCAUACCAGAGGCCCUCAUCAUAGCCUCGACAGCCGGCAUUGAGACCCUUACUCGAACCCAAACCCGGUACCUAGUGCAGCAGAAGAGCGAGCUGUCGCACGUGAUCUCGGCCUUGGUUACCCGGGAUUGGCUUGACUUCGUCAACCGCUGCACUGUGGAUUCCUGGAAGGAAGCCCUGGGUGCUGCCCUCAAGCACAGCGAGCGCAAAGUGGUCGAUAUCUGUGAGCGCCUGGGGGAUCGCUUGUUGACCGAGUGCGCCAACAGCGUGCAGUUUACGCGCAACGCCAUGUUGUGCUACAUCUGUGCGGGGAGCAUUGACAAGUUAGUGAGCGCUUGGUAUCAGCUGAAGCAGCUGGAGCAGCAGAGCCAGAGCUACAAGCUGAACACCACCGAGCUGCAGGACCUGGCCGAGGUUGUGAUGCUUAUGUGCAAGUCCCUCGAGCAGCAGGGAAUCUCCGUAGACUUGGCUGGUCGAUUUGCUGGCUUUCUCACUGAAUAUGGCGGCCUCUUAGCCUCCCAAGGAGCCCUCACGGCAGCUCUCCAAUACAUAACCACGUUAGGUGGUGGAGCAGCGUGUGAAAAUGAAAUUUUGAAUGGUUUGCGAGAUCGAAUCAACAACGCCGUGAAUUUGGAACAUACCCAGCCGCCAGCAGCUGCAGCUCCAGCUCCAUUUGGCUACCCAGGGACUGGCCCACAGCAACGGGGUAGAGGCUCGUUCUCACAGCAGCAUCCUGUGGCUCCAAUGUCCUAUGGCCAACCAGCCAAUCAGUAUGGAAACCCCGCCAACACUGGCUGGCCUACGCCUGCGCCACCCGCACCAGCAACGUAUCCAGUGUCCCAGCCGGCUCCACAGAUAUUCAAUCCGCAGCCAGUUAAGCAAGAACCUCUGAAUCACCCACCCCGGCCUCUCAGCAACGCCAGCUCCACAGGAGGGCCUCCACCAUCAUCAAGUGGCCCGUCUGGUGGAUUAGGGCUACAUGCUCGCUCAAAAUAUCUAUUGGAUCCAUCUGUAGCAGCUCCCACCAGUGCCUAUGGCAUGCCAUACAAUCCAGUUCCUGCCCCAGCCCCAUCCGCGGCGCCUUUCACGGGAGGAGCAGGACCUGGAGCUCUUCCACAAGCGGCCAGCGUGCCCACAUACAACAGUAAUGCAUUCAAUACCAAUCCUCUGUCGUCAGCCCAAGGGUACAAUCCAACACCCUUCUCCGGAGCACCGCAAAACUCUUACUUACCGGGGGCUAAUCCCAUUGAGACCAUGCCACAAGCUGCUCAGCCACCUAUUAUUCAGAAUGUGCAACGCAAUCCCACACCGCCACCGGGCUGGAACGAUCCACCCGCAUUGAAGUCAUCACGUGCGCCAAAGCCAAAGCCAGUCGCAGAUAAUAGUGCUGCGCCCAUAUUUCAUCCGAUUUUCCCUGUCGAUCCCAAUCAAAACCCGAACGGUUAUAUGGAUCCUGCUCAAUAUCAGAAUGCACCACCCGCUGGCGGGGCAACCAAUGCGUACUAUAAUCCAGCUGCAUUCAACAACAAUCCACAACAGCAACAGCAGUCAUACCUCCAGCCCCAGCAACAGGUGAUUCCCAAUCAGGGACCACCUCAGCAGCAGAACUGGCAGGGGCAACAGCAGCAGCAGACCAUUGGGUACACCGAACAGCCAGCACCGAUUCAGCAACAGCGCCAGCCGGAAGUGCCAAAGGAGAAGCCACCACUUCCAGAGGAAUACAUCUACUUGCAGACGGUACUGGAGGAGCUGAAGAACCGUUGCUUGAGCGCAACCAAUGAUCCGCGCACCAAACGCAAGUUUGUGGAUGUCGUCAAACGGUUGGAAAAUCUCUACGAUUGCUUGCGCGAUGGAAAGCUCACACCCACGACCGUACAAUAUCUUAAUCAAAUUAUACAGUACAUUCAAAUAUCCGACUACGCCAAUGCCCUGGAAAUACACACACGAAUCGCAUUCGGCACGGACUUUUCUCAGUGUGCAGGCUUCAUGCAGGGAUUGAAGGUCCUGUUGCAGUCGGCAUCCGAGAUGCAGCUGGUCUUGCGCUAAACCUUAUACUACAUGCGUUACGUGUUCGAAAGUACCCGCCUCAGUCGGGCCGCUUCAACGUCUACUUAUUGUGUCUUUAAAUGUCUACUAUCGUUUCUGUAUCUGUUUUCUGUCAAUGUAUUCCUGGAUUCUGUCUGGUAUAUGACAAACGUGUAAUGAAUUAUAUUUCCGCACAAGACGAAGAAUGGACAUGUGCAUGCAUAA